AUGAGACCUGCCGUCAACUGCCAUCGACGAAGACCCACCUACAACUCCAAGAUUACUUUCGAGUGCGGCAUUGGCUAUCACUAUAGCAAUGACGACCGUACACGAACGUUUACUUGUCUAGACGACCAGACGUGGUCUCCACCCUAUGUCCCCUGUGAGAUCAUCAUCUGCCCGCCGGUGCCCGAGAUGCCGUUUGCCACCCUGUCCAACCAAAGUAGCGACGAGUCGCGCUUUUACGACAAGUACGUUCAAAUCUCGUGCUUCAUUGGUUACGAGUACUCGGACACGGUGGAGACGCUGGAUGUGAGAUGCACGGAUGCCAUAACGUGGGAGCCAUCGCCGAUAGGCUGCAUCAUCAAGCAUUGCACAAUGCCGAUAUACAUGAAGCACGCCGUAGCCGUGCCCGUAGACGAAUACAACCAGCACACGUUCGUGCAGUGCUUCCCCAACUACGAGUAUAAGGACACCCGGCAGCUCACACGGACGUCGAUCUGCACGGCAACGAAGGAGUGGGACCCAGUCGAACUCGACUGUAUCCUGCGUCGGUGUGACUUGAUAGACGAGGACGUACAUGCAACCUGGGACUACCCUUCGCUUAACCUCCCAUCGGCCGGCGUAACUGUGGAGGUGCUAUGCGACGAGGGAUACAGGAUACAGGACAUGGGGAACACCGAUAAGCUACAGAACAGCAUCUGUAUUGACACCGAAGUCACGUCGCUUUGGGAUCCGCCCAUCUUCAACUGCGAAUACGUCCACUGUGACCCCAUCGAUUUCACGCGGCUCAACCGCGUGCGUUUCCAAGCCGACCACGAGACGCAGUGGAGCACUGUGCUGCGGCUGGAAUGCAUCACCGGCUGGGAAUUUUCCUUGGACGCGCCCGUGCUCUCGGUCACCUGCCGCGACCUGCCCGUUAGGUGGGACCCACUACCUGUGUCCUGCGACCUGAUCAUCCAGUGUCCGACGCUUGAGGAUAGACCCGGCUCCACACUGAGCAGCACACUGACCGAAUACCUCAGUGAGGUGACCAUCACGUGUAAGCAGGGACUGGAGUUUCCCGGGGAGGUGCCUUCCUUCGUCGUCCUCUGCGAAGGUGACAAGUUGUGGACCCCGAAUCCGCCGCCGUGCGAGCGCGUUCGGUGCCCGCCGCCACCCUAUCCCAGAAAUGGACUUCGACUCGGUGACUCCUUCCGAUACACUGACAACGUAACAUUCACCUGCAACAACGGCUGGUACCUUAUCGGUAGUGAGGUCACCACGUGUAGCUACAACAAGAACUGGACAAACCCUUUUCCAUACUGCGGUACGCACGCUGGCACGCGGAAUUUUGUGGGAUCGUGUGCUGUAGGUGGGGUGUAGUAUUGAUAAUUAUGUGAAAGCAGCAAAGCCUGGGAGCUAGGGGGCGGGUGUACUCACAGGGACCUGGGGCGAAAAAAAAUGUGUUAUAUAAAAAUAGAUUAGCUUCUAUUUUUAUAUGACACAUUUUUUUGCCUCAGGUCCCUGUGGGUGUACUGUGGGGAACGGUCCAGUUUUGGUAAGUAUAAAGAGAAUAGAUGGUGGGGUAUGUGUGGGUGUGCUGUAGGGGAGUGUCCAGUCUUGAUAAGUGGAAGGAGAAAAGAUGGCCGAGUAUAUAUGGGUGUAGGGUGAGAGUCCAAAGAGUGAGUCCAAUGUGAGAGUUAAAUGGUGACCAAGGUUAACAACGGAAGCUGUGGAAUAAGAAUUAAAAAAGAACACACUACAAAUCAAGUCAGAAUUUAAGUCAACCCACCAAGUCAAAAUAAAUAGAGCAUUAAUGUAGGUUCUAUGUCAAGUCAAGUAGAGACUUAAGGUAGGUUUUUGACGGUCUCGGUUACCCCGGCACCCUGUUUGAAGAAUCGAAGGCAGGUCAUAAUUACCAAAUAUUUUUCUUUGC